AUGCGUCCCGUUGUUAUUCUACCAGUUGUCGGUCUCUACUCCUCCGGUUUACUGGGAUACUAUAAUUUUUCCACGUUCAUUCAACUCAUUAUCCUAUUUUUCCUCUAUCAAAUCAAUGCCUGUACAAUGAUUCAUUUAUUAGUUCUUCGAUUGAAAAGUAUCCUUCCACUCACUUUUCGAUUCUACAGAGAAUCUAUAAAACUCGGAACUGUCUUCGUGUAUGCAACAUACUUUUUAUCUGUUGCUUCUCUCAGCAAUUUUAUACUUCUAGUAGAGAAUCAAGAUGUUGCGAAACAUCACUGGUCCAGAUGGCUAGAUGGAAAUGUUCCCAAUAAGUUCUGGUCUGAUAAUUACAUUGUCACCAGUGGAAGUAAUCUCAGAUUUGCCUUAUUUUUAAAACUAUGUGGCAUCAGUUUAGUAUCAUAUAUUGCUGCAUGCAUUGCAAUUCCAACUGCAGCAUUUCAAAUUCUCAAUCGAAUGAAAGGUCUUUUGUCGAUGCACGUUGUCCAAGCACAGAAACAAUAUAUAAAAGCGUUAGUGUUUCAGGUUUUCAUUAUUGUUGCUUUCUUAUUGUUGCCGUUUGCCACGUUUAUUGUUGGUCUGGAGAUGAGGAUUAACAGUCCUGUUCUUGUUUCUGUCUCCAUUAUUCUUGCAAUGAUCCACGGAGCUGCUGCUACUUUCGUGAUGAUUCUGGCAAACAAACCACAUCGGGUAGUAUUUUUUUCACAUUUGAAUUCUUUUUAUAUGAUUGUCAUGAAAUGUAUUCCUAUUGUUACUAUUCCUAUUUAUGCUGAAGCAAUUUAUUGUAUUAUCAAGAGAAGUCCCAAUUUUCAGAGGCAUUAUACUAUCAUUUUGACAGCACAUAUUCUGGGAUGUCUAUGUGAAGAAUUCUACGGAUUCCAGCUAUUCCGUCCUAUGGUUUUCCUUCCAAUAGUUGGAAUCUAUGCGGAUGGAAUUCUAUCAAUGCUCGGAGUCCAUCCAUUCAUUCAACUCUAUGGAAUGUUCUUGGCAGUCCAAGUCAACGCGGCAAUUCUUACUCAUAUCACGUUUUAUCGCAUGAAAAUAAUCAUUCCAAUGUCAUUUCGCUAUUAUACUCAUGUUAUUCGAUUUGGCAUAUUCAGCACGGUGUUCAUGUAUGUCGGUGCUGUUUGUUCGGUUAACUUCAUACUUUUGACAAUGGAAGAUCAAAUGGAAGCAAAGAAUUUCAUUUAUGUGAAUAUACGGCCGAUUCCAAGUGUUUUUUGGUCGGAGAAGUACAUGGUUUCAUCCCCAAAGAACCCAAAUAUCCCCACAUUUUUAAUGGCAGGAACGUUUUGUAUUGGUUUUUACAUUCUACUCUGCAUUCUUCUACCAUCAAUAUGCUUCAUUAUUCUUCACAAAACGAGACAUUCACUAUCAGAGAAAGUGAUAAAAGCACAGCGAGCUUAUUUGAGAACUAUUCUCUAUCAGGUUGCUGUGGUUCUCAUUUGUAUCAUCAUGCCAUUCAUUGUUUUCUUCGCGGGAGUGGCUAACACUAUUACAAAUCCCGUGAUCAUCCCAGCAUCUCUUAUCUUUGCCAUUUGCCAUGGAUCCGCAUCCACUCUCAUCCACCUGCUCUCCAACAAGCCAUUUCGUGAUACAAUGAAAGCGCAGCUGUCUUGGGUAGUAUGUUUCUUGACGUGUAGCAGACCGGAACGGGGUAACAAAGUACACACGUUGUCUUCAAUUGUCGGAUGA